CCUGGCGGGCAAAAUUUGAACUAUCAUUUCUGCAGGUGCGCUGUGAAAUUACUAAAAAUAACAGAAUGGCAGGGGACUGCAACAAAACAGUGCUCGUGCUUGAUAGAAGUCCUAUUUUUGCAUCAUCGUCAAAACAAACUGUGGAGUUCGACAUCUUUACCAAAGCUAAAGCUGGUAUGAUACCACUAGCCCCAAUUGUAAAGUCUCUCUGGACUUGCAGUGUUGAAGCAGCUAUCGAGUUCUGUAGGAUUAUAUAUGACCUCUUCCCUACCGAAAAACUGGUCCGAAUGGUGGUCAGUGACCGAAGUGCAGCAGUACUUAACAACUGGACCCCAGGCCAACAGAACAUAAAUCUCCUACUUAACUGCCUUGGUGCAAUUCCACCCCCUUCUAUAGAGGAUCCCGCUGAUGACUGCACUGUUAUUCAUGGCCUGGCAAGUGCUGUUCAAGCUCUAUGUGAUGCUAGUGCUGACCAAGAGGGAGAGCCCAAUAAUGGCACUAUUGUGUGCCUCACAUCAGCUAAAAGUGAAGCUCAGAUCCGAAUCCUUGAGACGUAUGUUCAAGAUGCCAUCACAAGACACAACAAAACAAAUGAUAGCUUGCUACCUAUAGACCACUGUCACCUUGUAAUCAUCCAUACUGUACCUGUGGGAGAUGUCAGCCCCAUACAGGAGAGGACAGUUAGAGAGGUGUCCCCAGUAUUAUCCAGUGAAGUAUUAGUGUCGCAGUCAGGGAGAUACAUGGCUGUGAAGUUAAUUCAACUUGCUGUGAAAUUCUUUGAUCUCUGCCUUACUACAGUCACUGGUAUACCAAUGAAGGAAGAGCAGAAUGCAAGUUCAUCAGCCAACUAUGACGUUGAGUUAUUACAUAGAAAGGCAGCUCAUCAAGAUUUCUUCAAGUCAGGACACGCUGAUGGUGUACUGAUCCCAUCCAAGGAAGACUUGUGCCUGGAGUCAGUUAGUUUAAAAUGGUGCAAUCCUAAGUCAAAUUUUGUAGAGUUACAUCAAUGUACAGGGGCCUAUAGGAUCACACCAGUAGAUGUCAACAGCAGACCAUCUAUGUGUCUCACCAACUUUCUACUGAGUGGACGUGCUGUGAUGUUAGAACAGCCAAGGAAAUCUGGGACCAAAUUGAUAUCUCACAUGUUGACGAGCCACGGGGGAGAGAUUUAUAUACACACCAUGGCUACCAAUAGAUCGAUUCUUGAGGAAACUCCAUCUAUUAGUGAAGGGCUAGGUGGCAGGAUAACAGAUUAUAGAAUUACAGAUUUUGGCGAGCUGAUGAAAGACUGCAGAUUGGCACCAAGACUAUCUCAAUUAAAUGAGGGAGAACCAUUACCCAUAGACAGAGCCAAGGGGCAGAUAGAGAGACUCACCCGGGUAUGGCCCAUAGUUAUCAGUGAUACCAUAAUCUUCAACAUGUUGUCUCACCUUGAUCCUCUACCUUCCCUGAUCUCCAAGGAGACACUUGAUGAAGAUGAUGUACUGGAGUGUAAGAAGGCAAUAUACCAUGUGGUUGGGAUGGAGAGCAGACAUGAGCCAUUGCCAGUGCCUGCAUCAGGGGGGACAAGAGGAAAGGGGACUAAAAGAGACAGCCAGUACAGACAGAUGUGGUCAGAGUUAGAGACUCUAAUAAGAUCUUAUGUGGACACCUCUGACAAUCACAAACAAGUAUUAGACUGUCUCUUAGAGUGUAAAAAGCCUGACCUUGAGAGGCCAGGGUCUGGGGCUUCAGGGACAUUGAAAAUUGCUGAGAAGCCUGCUAUCAAGGAAGAAAAGUUGGAUGAGGCUGAACAGGCCCUGAAGUCACUUGAAAAAUAUCAAAGAUUGACUGAGAGGGAGAAAUCAGAUCUGAACAUAAAGACUGAGACAGACUCACCCAUGUCUCCUCCUCCUGUGAAGAAGUUCAAGACAAAUGAGGGGAGCAUCAAUAAAACUGCAGGUAGCCAAUCUAUACUUAGUAUAUGGACCAAUAGGCUGAAUGCUGUUAAUGCUAUGAGGCAUGCAGAGUUCACUGGGAGACUAGAAGGAACCAACAACAAAUAUGAACUCUACCAACACCUCAAGGAGGACCUAGAUAACACCGUGGACACUAAACCUAACAUUAAAACUUUAACUGGACAGAAUAAACCACAGAUCAAGCCACUUUUAGGUACACAUGUUAAACCACCCGUUUCUAUGCACAACCGCAUUAAAUGAGGCACAUAAGCUCAGUUCCUUAUAAGGAGGUAAUCACCAGUGUUGUCGAGGAAGUUCUAGUUCCAAAGAGAGCAUCAUCUAAGCCGAAUUUACGAGGCUAUGUCUCGGGUAAUCAGUCCAGUGCUAGGCGGGAGAAAGUGCCAAAUAUGGAACUCAUUAUUAUUGCCCAAAUUAGGUGUUGAUGGCUGAAAGAGUUGCGAAAAGGCUUCUUAUCUGAACAUUAUGAGAAGGGAUGUAGAUCUUAGUUAUAUAAAUGUUAAGCUGAUUCACACUCAUAAAUUAAAUUUUGAUAAAAUAAGAGAUAGUAUCAAUCCAGUUCCAAUGAAUCGAAAUACUUUGAUUUUAAACAACAUGUACAUGUAUCAUUAUAUGUACAAUGAUUUGUAAAUGUUCA